UAGGCAAGUAUGCAUGUCAGCCUCUUCAUUGCAUUCGCACUUACUGUGGUUGCAAGUGCGCGCCUCUAUAACGUCGAAGUAAGAGGUAUACUCUUAUGUAAGGAAAAUCGUUACCUACAAGUUUAUUUGGAGCUUUGUGAGCACGAUAUUGGGUAUUCUGAUGACAUCCUCGACUGGAAGUUCGUGCCAGUGAACCAGCGAUUUGAGAUUAAAGGCAACCAUAGCGAGCUCUUUGGAAUAAAUCCUUACCUGCGAAUUCGGCAUAAUUGCCAAGACAUUCAAGAAGAAGUUAUUGUGGAAUUCGGAAAACGAACCAGGGAUACGUCAAUAGACCUAGAUUUCGUUAACCUCGAGGAAGAAGGUCUCAAGGAUUUGAUUCUCAACAAGUACAAGAAAUCAUAAUGAUGGUGGUUUGAAUUCCUGAAAUAAUGAACCAUUUCCGCUUGAAUAUAAGAGC